GUUCUGUAUCCUUUUCCUCUCUCAGGUUUCCUAUAAUUUUCUCUCUCUUUGUUUUUGUUAUUCCUCUGCCUUGCAUUUCUCCUUUCUUUCUCUCUCUCACUCUCUUUUCAAGUUGUUGAAUCAGGAAAAAAUUUGUGCACAAACUAGAGAUUUACAGUGAGCAAAUCCCUCAAAUUUAUAGUGAAAAGCCAUUCUCCUUCAUUCAAUCACGAGUUCCGCUUCAAUCAUUCUACGUCUUGCAGGUUGAUCUUUGACGUUUCUAGUGAUCUUACAGUUGAAAUUGGAGCAUCAAGCUUUGCACUUCACAAGUUCCCUCUUGUAUCUUGGAGUUGAAGAAUUUGAAAACUGUUGUUGGAAGGAAAAGAUUCAAAAGUUUCAAAGAUCAAUAUACAUGCUGUUCCAGGUGGAGCAAAAGCCUUUGAGCUAGCUGCAAAGUUCUGUUACAAUGUUGCUUAUUUAUGCAUAGCCAAGCCAUGACCGAACCAUACAAUUUCAUCCGCCGUUACACAACCACCGCUGCCAUCAUCAAUGCAGUCCUCUCCAUAAACCUGUCACUGAAUGCUUGCUACUCUCAUUUCAACCAUGUCACUGGACGAUUCUUCCUCUGCGGUUAAUAGCUUGUACUGCGACGAGGACGCCAAUGAGGUUGUUCAAUUCGAUGCUGACUCCUGGAUCUCUGAUUGCCUUCAAUCUCCUUCAUUCUCUGGUUAUUCUCCGCCUUACGAUGAAAAUAUCGUCAACCGACUCAUUGACUCUGAGCCCCACUUCAUGCCUUUAAGUGAUUAUCUCCAUCGCUGCCGUGACUGCUCCAUUGACACCACCGCUCGCCAAGACUCCAUCAAUUGGAUCCUUAAGGUGCAUGCAUAUUAUCAAUUCAGGCCAAUAACGGUGCUACUCUCCGUCAACUAUUUCGACCGCUUUCUUUCUUCUCAUUCUCUUCCGGCAAAUGGAUGGCCGUUUCAACUUCUCUCAGUGGCGUGCUUGUCUUUAGCUGCCAAAAUGGAGGAGGUCCAUGUGCCACCAUUAUUGGACCUUGAGAUACUUGAACCCGGAUUCAUUUUUGAACCCAAAACCAUCCAAAGAAUGGAGCUGUAUGUCAUGGCCAGUCUUAAUUGGAGGCUACGCUCCGUUACUGCUUUUGACUAUCUCCAUUAUUUCAUCUCCAAGCUUCCUUGUUCCUCCACAAAACUCGACAGCUUCAAUCGAGUCUUCAUGGCUUCUUCGGAUCUCAUUCUAAGCACUAUCCGUGUGAUUGAUUUCUUAGGUUUCACACCGUCGACAAUAGCAGCAGCGGCUGUGUUAGGUGCCGUCGGCGAGAGUUUUGAAACGCCAACGACUGAUGUACAGUUAUUUCACGAGAGAAUAAGCAAAGAAACGGUGAGAAGCUGUCACCAACUAAUGCUGGAGUAUCUGAUAGACACGUGUCCAUCAGCUCGGCCAAAGUACCCAUCAGUUGUGCCACCAACAGCUCCUCCGAGCCCAGUUGGCGUCCUUGAUGCAGCUGCUUGCGGGAGUUGUGACACGCGUUCGGAGCUUCCCAACUCCAUUAGCCAAGCCGAAGCUGAGCCGCUAGCCAAGCGGUCCCGAUCCUCUGCGGCAGAUGUACAGCGACAGUAGAUAAGAACCACCACAAGGUCUCUCUAAUUUUAUAUCGGGUUAGAGAGAGCAGUAGAGCCCAAUCUUUUUAUUUUUUAUGCGUUGAUUAUAAUAUGAACAGAUGGUUUUGGAUAGUCCUAGUGAAGAGGGAUUUUGUCGGUAAUUAAAAUUAGUAUAAGAUUAAUUAUUAUUAUUAUUAUUAUUAUUAUUAUUAUUGUUAUUAAUAGACUUUUGGAUCAAAGUGUAAAAGACCAUUAUGAUGUUUCAAUUAUUCUCAUCAAUCAUCCAUGAAGGAAAAUGAAUGGGCCACACAGGAGAUCUAAGGCAAUUCAUCUUUUUUU